CUCAAGCUAGGCUGAGCUGUGCCUACGUCGGCCUCGACUCCCGGGGGCUGGAGGAGUUACCUUUGGAGCCUGAAAGGAGGAAGGAAGCAAAAUAUCAACAACUGUCGAGGCGGCUCGGGCGCUCGGCCCCGGUCCCYAGCUUGCCYGACGUCCGCCUGCCCGCCCCCGCGCGCACGACGGGGGCCCAGGCCCCCCGGCGCCGCCCAGGGCCCGCGCGGACGCCGGCCUCAUUUAUUAUUCCUCCCGCCCGGAGCUGCGGCUUCCCGGUGUUGAAGAUCCCCCGGACCAGGGGCGAGGGUUACCCCCUUCCCUGCCGUGACACCCCGUUUCCCUCAGGGGCUGGUGUUUCCUGAGCUCCUUACAGGGUCUAGAGUAAUGAAAAGGACAGAUGUAGUUCCUGCCCUCAGGAAGCUUCAGUCUCAGGGAAGCCAGGCAUGAAUCAGAAGCACAGAGUGUAACAUUGACAUCGUGGAGGCUGUGCGGAAGGUGUCCUGCAGACCAUGAACUGAGCUGGUCCCAGACGUUCAUGAGCACAGUGUGAGGGGUGCCGAGACCCGCCACCCAGCAGCCUCUCCCUCCCUAGCACUGAGGACCUCCAGAGAAGAUGGGGAGGAAAAAGAUUCAGAUUCAGCGAAUCACUGAUGAGCGGAACCGGCAGGUGACGUUCACCAAGCGGAAGUUUGGGCUGAUGAAGAAGGCRUACGAGCUGAGCGUCCUGUGCGACUGCGAGAUYGCCCUCAUCAUCUUCAACCACUCCAACAAGCUGUUCCAGUACGCCAGCACCGACAUGGACAAGGUGCUGCUCAAGUACACCGAGUACAACGAGCCGCACGAGAGCCGCACCAACGCCGACAUCAUCGAGACCCUGAGGAAGAAGGGCUUCAACGGCUGCGACAGCCCAGAGCCCGACGGGGAGGACUCGCUGGAACAGAGCCCCCUGCUGGAGGACAAGUACCGGCGCGCCAGCGAGGAGCUGGACGGGCUCUUCCGGCGCUAUGGGUCAGCUGUCCCGGCCCCCAACUUUGCCAUGCCUGUCACGGUGCCCGUGUCCAAUCAGAGCUCACUGCAGUUCAGCAACCCCAGCGGCUCCCUGGUCACCCCUUCCCUGGUGACGUCGUCCCUCACAGACCCGCGGCUCUUGUCCCCCCAGCAGCCAGCACUACAGAGGAACAGCGUGUCUCCAGGCCUGCCCCAGCGGCCGGCCAGUGCGGGGGCCAUGCUCGGGGGAGACCUCAGCACCSCUAACGGAGCCUGCCCCAGCCCCGUGGGGAACGGCUAUGUCAGUGCUCGGGCUUCCCCUGGCCUCCUCCCUGUGGCCAAUGGCAAUAGCCUAAACAAGGUCAUCCCUGCCAAGUCUCCACCGCCGCCCACCCAUAGCGCCCAGCUUGGAGCCCCCAGCCGCAAGCCUGACCUGCGGGUCAUCACUUCCCAGGGAGGAAAGGGGUUAAUGCAUCACUUGACUGAGGACCAUUUAGAUCUGAACAAUGCCCAGCGCCUCGGGGUCUCCCAGUCUACCCACUCGCUCACCACCCCAGUGGUCUCCGUGGCAACACCAAGUUUGCUCAGCCAGGGCCUCCCCUUCUCUUCCAUGCCCACCGCCUACAACACAGAUUACCAGUUGACCAGCGCAGAACUCUCCUCCCUCCCGGCCUUCAGCUCGCCUGGGGGGCUGUCGCUAGGCAACGUCACCGCCUGGCAACAGCCACAGCAGCCCCCGCAGCCCCCGCAGCCGCAGCCCCCGCAGCCCCAGCCGCAGCCCCCGCAGCCCCAGCCRCAGCCGCCCCAGCAGCCGCAGCCACCUCAGCAGCAGCCCCACCUGGUCCCCGUGUCUCUCGGCAACCUCAUCCCGGGCAGCCCCUUGCCCCAUGUGGGUGCUGCCCUCACGGUCACCACCCACCCGCACAUCAGCAUCAAGUCCGAGCCCGUGUCCCCGAGCCGCGAGCGCAGCCCCGCGCCUCCCCCUCCAGCUGUGUUCCCGGCCGCCCGCCCUGAGCCUGGUGACGGUCUCAGCAGCCCAGCCGGGGGAUCCUAUGAGACGGGGGACCGGGAUGACGGACGGGGGGACUUCGGGCCCACGCUGGGCCUGCUGCGCCCGGCCCCUGAGCCUGAGGCCGAGGGCUCGGCCGUGAAGAGGAUGCGGCUGGACACCUGGACAUUAAAGUGACGAUUCCCACUCCCCUCCUCAGCCUCCCCGAUGAAGAGUUGACAAUCUCACCGCCCACCCCUGCCCUGGGCUCCUCCCGCUCGACCCCCACUUCCUUUCUGUGCUCCUGUGUCCUGUUGACGGUUACAUUUGUGUAUAAUUAUUAUAUUAUUAUUAUUAUUAUUAUUAUAUUUUUUUUAAUUUGGAUUCUGGCUUUGGAGAGAGGGAUGCUCUCGUCCCUUCUUUCUCUCCCCCACCAUUUUCACUGGCGGGGGCUCUCUUUUUUUGCGGGAAGGGGGGGACACUUUGCACGUUGUACACAUAUGCUGCAGGAAGGGGGGCCCAGUAGGCCUUUGGGAAAGGACAGGUGCCGAGCCCUGCAUUUGGAGCCCCCCAUGCCAUGCCCCAGACAGAGGGAAAGAACCAAAAAACUACCAUACAGCAAAACCCCACAGCAGGCUGGAGGCCGGGGGCUGCUGGUGUGYGUGGGGGCAGUGGGAGAGGCAGGGGCGCUCUGCUGGCUGCCCCACAGCUCUGGGCACACGGGGCCCAAGCCUGGCCCCGAAAUAACCGACAUACACGACCCCUUUUUGACUCUUGUGUGCUGCACCCCAAGGUCGUGGGUGGCGGCCGAGCUUCUGGGAACCUGGGCGGGGACGGGGUAGAGGUGGCCUCUCUGGAAGCACAUUUGAAGAGAGAGACCGAACCAUGAGGAGAGGGCCSAGGAGGGCCGAAGGGCUGGGCAGAGGGCGAAGGGGGGCCCUUUCCCUCCCCCGGCUUUUUCCUCUAAGAUAAACAGUGCAAUAGCUCCCCGUCCCUCCGUUGACCCAGCCCUGUCCAGCUGGCCUCGGUUGCAGGGAGACCUGGGGAGAGGACCUUUAGGGAGGUGGCUCCAGGGCUGGGCAGAGUGGGGCCCUGGGCUUCCCCGGGUGCCUGAGGGCAGGUAUGGGGAGGGGACUUCCUCUGCCUUGCACGCUUCCCAAGGAGUGGACACUGGGGUGGCGCAAGGGGUGGGAGGUCCCUACAGAUGGGUUCCAUCUAGAGGGCUCCUCCUGAUCCCUCCUGGGCCCCCCGCCCUCCUCACCCCCUGCUCUUGGCACCCUCAUUGUCUCGCUACCUCCUUGUCCCACCACCUCCAGGCCUGUCCCACCAUCCCUCUUGGCUACUGUAAUUGUAAAUAGCAACCUUUGGAAACGUUAGCGGUGUAACAGUCCAGGAAACUGUUUUGUUGUUGUUGUUGUUUUUGUUGUUGUAUUGAUAUGAAAUGAGAUUCUAUUUUUGUCAAAGUAUAUUGUAAUAAUAACGACUCAAAGGCCCGUACUGUACAGGCGAGAUUCUUCUGCUGUUGUUCUUGCUCCCUCCUCUCCCGUCCCCUCCCCGGUGGGGCGGUGGCAAGGAGCCCAGGGGCACUCAGAGCAUGRGGUCCCGAGACCUAGGGCUGGAUCAGAGCUCAGCCUGGAGGGGCAGCCCAGCAUGUCCCCCACCACCUGCCCUCAGGGGUGCCGCCCCACUCCUCCAAAGCCCAGGUCCCUUGGGGUUUCCUCCGGUUGGAGAGUAGCCUUAGACCAGGCCCAGUUUUGUGGUAGGUGACCCUCUUUGCCCCCCUGUGACCCAGCCUCUGCAGUAUUCCCACACUUGACACAGGAAGGAACCAGUAGCAGAGAGGUGUGUGUGACCACACGUGACCUGAGUGUUCUUGAGGGCAUCUGGUGUUUGUGUGGGACGCGUGACUGYGUGGGUGGCCUUUUGUGUGACGGAGUGCAGGGCGUCCCUGUGUCUGUGCUGGCUGUGUUCACAGUGGGACAGGUGGCAGCCCUGGCUUCUGGCUCUGGGACCCUCACUCCCUCUCCACGGCUCUGUCCUCUGCUCUGGGAUUGGGCAGCCGCCCCUUGGCUUCUCCCUGCGCCUACCUCUCCCAGGUUCCCUCCGGAGCCUGCGCCUUCACCUAGUCCCCACCUGACACACGGCUCCCUUCAGGGAAUUCCCGCUUUCAGAGCACAGCUCCGGUUCUCCCCCCCCACCCCAGGCUCUCCCCCAGCUGAGCAGUGCUCCUGACCCACAGCUUCACCCCGCCUGCUGACCACAAGGAUGUGGCACAUCCAGUCCCCCAGCCGCCCCCCCCACCACCAAAGGUUCCCAGAGGGUGUUGCAAGAAUCAAGGAACCUCGGUCAGGGCCUCAAGAAGCUAGGUAUAGUCAUGUACACAUGUGCUCCAGAGCCUUGCCCAUGCCUGGCACACAGUAGGCGCUCAGUAAAUGCUGAAUGGGUGAAUGAUAGGUGCUCAAUAAACGUCGAAUGACCUUCUCUUCUCAGGCUAUUCCUACCAUCAUCAGUCUGCCCACCUUUCUAGGUCAAGCUUGGCCACCAUUCAGUGCGGGCUGGGGUGAGGCCCCUGCAGUUCACGGUGCAAUAUUUAACCAGUUUUGCCCUCCACCUCGGAAGGCCAAGCUGGAUUUUGAUUACCACGUGCGGAUGUGUGUGUGUCCUUUCUUCUCUGUCCUUGGCAGUAGUGGGUGGGCUGUGAGUGAAUAUGUGACAUUUCCAUAAUUCAAUACCCCCAAGUUCUCUUGGGGACAGGGGCUCCUGGCCGGCCAGAUAUAUGGGUCCCUGGGAACCCAGACCUCAAGUGGGACCUUUUCUUCCUUUCACAAGCCAAAUUUGCCUCCACCCACUCCCUCUGAAAAACCGGGCACUUGCCAAAGUAACCACUGGAGUCAUCCAAGGCCCUCCCCUUCCCAGGUCUCCCACAGUUUUCAGGGACAGUGGGCAAGAGGACUGCCCCCACACCUCAGUGGAACAGCCUUUCCCCUCCCUGACAGCGCACUCAGUGCAGGAGACUGAUCCCGUCCCGCCUGCCCUCCUCACCUGGGACAGGAAGGAAGUAAUGCACCUUCUCUUGCUAAUUAUUUAUUUGUUUGGAGAGAGAAAUGAUGUAAAAGUGUAUCUAGAAAUAUCUAUCUAUAUAUUUUUAACUGACUCUUUGGAAUCCCCUGGGGUGGGGGGGAUAGGCUCUUGCGGAGAGGGACAGAGCCUGGGAACUCUCCCGCCCCCUCUGCCCUGCAGCAGUUAGAAGCCCUGGGACCUGUAGGGGGCUGGGAGCUGAUCCCUGGCAGUCCGGAUCCUCUUCCUCAUUCUGUCCCAGUUGAGAGGGAGGGGUAGAGAUGAGGGAGGAAGGGAGGGGAGACCGGUCAUGGAGGUGACCCACCCCCAAACCCGACAAUCACCCACACUCCUGGGGCUCCUUCCGGGCCGSGCAGGCGAGUCCAAGUGUGCGGCUGUUGGUUUGUUUUGGAUAUUUCUUUCGUGCUGUACGGUGAUGCUUUCUUAGUAUUCUACACAAUAAGAAAAGACAGAAGUCCUSGAGAUUCUUAUGAGUUUUGUUUGAAAACUCUUUCACUAUAUUUGUUGUAAAGAGGUUUACUAUUAAAAGAAAAAGAAUACACGUUUCUGAUA